AUGAGGCUCCUGAGUUCUACCCUAAUCUUGGCCGUGGCUAUAAGCCUGGCCACGGCAGAGGAAAAGGCGGAGAAAGAUUCAAAGGCUGAACCAAAGCAAGUUGAAGAAAGUAAAAAACAGGACAAAAGAGGGCUGUCAGAGUAUUACGGUGACCAUGGCCUUGGAGACAGCGGGAGUUUUGGGGACCACGGUAGCUUUGGAGACCAAGGCAGUUAUGGUGGAGACCAUGGAGGCUACGGUCAUGAAAGUCAUGAGAAAACCAUAACAGUCAUCAAGAAGGUUCCGGUUCCUUACCCAGUGGAAAAACAUAUCCCAUAUCCAGUUGAAAAGCAUGUGCCAGUGCCCGUCAAAGUACCAGUUCCACAGCCCUACCCUGUAGUUAAAACAGUACACUUCGAGGUCAAGGAGUACAUAAAAGUUCCCGAAUAUAUCCCGAAACCAUACCCUGUGACCAAGCACGUACCUUAUCCCGUCAAGGUACAUGUCGAUAGGCCAGUUCCAGUUAAGGUGUAUGAGAAGGUUCCCUACCCUGUAGAGAAACAUAUCCCUGUUCCAGUAAAGGUUCACGUCCCACACCCAUACCCAGUUCAGAAAGAAGUGCCCUUCCCAGUCAAAGUUCCAGUCAAGGUACACGUGCCCUAUCCAGUUGAGAAGGUUGUCCGCUACCCUGUUCCAGUACAUGUUGACAACCCAGUACCGGUCCAUGUACACAAACCAGUGCCCGUCCAUGUCGAGAAACCUGUUCCAUACCCAGUGGAAAAACAAGUGCCAUACCCAGUCAAGGUGCACGUGGACAACCCAGUACCCGUUCAUGUAGACAAACCCGUGCCAGUACCCGUCAAGGUGCCCGUACCAGCACCUUACCCUGUAGAAAAGGUUAUUCCCUACCCAGUCGAGAAGAAAGUACCUAUCCCAGUACACAUCCCCGUUGACAAGCCAUACCCUGUCCACAUUGAGAAGCACGUGGCUUAUCCAGUCGAGAAACACGUGCCGUACACAGUGAAAGUGCCAGUACCUAUUGUGCACGAAGACAAACAUGAAAUCCACGAGGGAGGUGGUAACGGUGGUCACAGCUCGGAAGGACACGGAAGCUUCGAGCAAAACGGCGGCUAUGAAGGCCAGCACGGAGGUUAUGAGCAGCACGGAGGUUUUGAGCAGCACGGAGGUUUUGAGCAGAAUGGAGGUUUUGAACAAAACGGGGGCUUCGAGGGACACGGGAGCUACGACGGUGGUCACGAAUACCAUCACUAA